AUACAGGAGUUAGUACGCAGAACGUAUUAUAAUAGCAUCAAGGUAGCUUAUACCGAUUAGGCCAUAUCUAGAGAAAUUCCACAACUCCAGUGUUAAUAAGUCAUAUAUAAAACAAAACAAUGAACACACAACAUUUAUGAGAACUACAGGUGUUUCGAAAGAUGUUCAUAUAUUGUGGACAAGAAUAAUUGAAAGUGAAGGAAAAUGGCCAUUUCUGUUCAAGGUGUUAGCUGUGAUUCAUGUUUGAAGGGAAAUUUCCGUGGGCGGCGCUAUAAGUGCCUCAUUUGCUAUGAUUAUGAUUUAUGUGCAUUGUGCUACGAAGCAGGAGCUACAACUACCCGUCACACAACGGAGCAUCCAAUGCAGUGCAUUCUUACGAGGUCUGAUUUUGAUCUGUAUUAUGGAGGAGAAGCAUUAACGGUGGAGCAACCACAAGCCUUCACAUGUCCGUACUGUGGCAAAAUGGGAUUUACUGAAUUAACCUUACAGGAGCACGUCACAUCAGAGCAUUCAGAGACAUCAUUUGAAGUUGUAUGUCCAGUAUGUGCAUCUUUGCCCGGUGGAGAUCCAAACUUGGUGACGGAUGACUUUGCAGGUCAUCUUACAGUAGAGCAUCGCAGUGGGCCACGCGACCUGAUAUCCUUCCUCGAUGAACCAGCUGGAUCAAGACAUGGUGUUCGUAGAAUACCGCAUGCAUCACGGGGAGUGGGUGGGUCCCGAGCUAGGCGAUCUAACAUGCAUUUCAGUUCCUCAGGUGGUUUGUCUUCAUUGUCUCCAUCAAGUCGUGAGAGUGUAGAUCCAAUAGCAGAGCUGCUGUCUCAGUUGUCAGGGGUACGAAGGUCUGCAGGUGGUCAGGGUUCUACUCCAUCUCAGCUCCAACAGCUCCAAAUGCAGCUCCAACUUGAGAGACAGCAGGUGAGGGCAGCACGCCAGCAGCUGGAACGUUUGCCCAGGCGUCAGACUCAGACAGCUUCCUCUGCCAACUCAGCAGGUGCUGGGACUGCGACUGCAGCUACAGCAGCCACCACAGCCGUCCCUCUUGAUGCCAGCUCGAGCCAAGCGGCACAGAGUAAUUCUCAGUUCCUUCUGUCAAGGUGCAUGGACAGCACUUUAACUGAUUUGGAACUACAGUCUGUGGAGCAGGAACGUGCUGAUCGUAGCCUGUUUGUUCAGGAGCUAGUGUUGGCCACAUUAACUGAAGGAGCUGCCUCUUUGUUGCUGGAAGGGGCAUCCCAGGACUGUGCUUCAGGAAGUAGGAAAGAACGUGAGGAGACGGGCUCCCGGUCCAGCCCAGUGAGUGAGGGCAAUAGUGAUGGUAACUCAGGCUCUUCUCGUGCAUCUCCAUCAACUAGCGGUGCAUCUGGUACAGGGUCGCAGCAGCAGUCCAGCAUGCAUCAACAGCAACAGAAAGCAGCAUCUCUGGUGGUUCCAAAGCGUUCUUCGUCACGCAGCAGUGGAAAUUCGGCUGGAGCAACAGGUCUGGCAUCGUCACUACCUAGACAACAGAUACCUGCCGGGGCAUCUUCCUCAUCAUCACUGGCAACCCAGCAGCAGCCACCGCAACAUCAUGACCUUCGUGGAGGAAUCAGGAGCAAUUUUGGGGGAGGGGGUGGUGGAAUGUUAACAUCACAGCAGCAGCAACAAGUGAGAGUUCUAACUGGUACUGGCACUAUACGGGAAGUUGUUCCAUCUACACCUGUAGUGGGGGGAGGUUACGGAGGUCGAGGAGGGUCAGUAAGAGGUGGAGCAGGCGCAAGUUCACCGGGUCCUACUCGCAGGAAGCCUGUACGCCCUGUGGAAGGCAGAAACCAAUCUACAGAACCACCACCCCCUCACUAACGCCACGCCCAAAAUUACUUUCUAGUCCCAUCUCUUAGAAGUUAACCCCUCUCCUUAAUUUCCCCUUUAUCCUUCUCACAUUUUCAUUUUAUGAUUUGCAGUCCUUGUAUAAACCAUCCAGAAGUUGGUGAGACUGAUAAAGGGGUAGAAAUGUACCCAAGUUACAGAUAGAGGGAGGGGGAAAAGUGAAUUGAUUAAAUGGUUUGUUGGGCAUAUUGUAGAGAGUGUGAAUCUUCUGUUGGGCAAGGCUUUGUUUGCUUGCCUCAUGAUAGCUUGAAUAUUUAUGCUCGCAUGUCAGACUGGUGGACUUCUGCGAUGAGAAUGAAAUGUCAACUGCAUAAAAGCUGUAUUAGGAAUUUGUACAGGGGAAUUGUAUUGUCAUGUAUGGUUAUGUAUGUAAGAACUAAUUAGCCUUUAUGUGUAUUAACUGAUAUAUUUAAUUAGUAUUAAACUUAAUUUGACUGUUUAUAAGAAUGAGAACUGUAGUGUGGUUGAAUACAUCCUUCAGUCUGACCAACUUUUGUGGCCUCUUGUAAAAUAGCUUGUUAUUUGUGUGCUGUGUGUGUACUUGAAGUUGGUGAGCGAUUUUUCCAGGGUAUGAACUGAUGCCAGCAUGAGCUGUAAUGGGAAAUGUUCAUCCGUGUUAUGCAGAGUUUUUUUCUUUAUUUCUCAAUGGUGUUUUCUUUCUGACUCUAUAAUACAAACAAAAAUAUUAAGUGAUGUUGGGAUUUUUGCAGGGUGCUCUGCAAAUCUAAGAAGAUUUUACCUAGAAUGUUUGCCUUCUUUCUACUUGGCGGGAAAUGUUAAGGCAACUCUUGAGUAUGUAAUAAACAUCGUUGAUUUAUGAGGGAUGUAAAUUCAUUUUUUCACUCAUUACAAUAUUUGAUUAGUUGUGCACCUUGUAUCCAAAUUCAUCAGUUUCUCAAGUAAGGAUGGCAACAAAUUGUUUAAUAAAUGCAUGUGUUAAAUUACACACCGCCUGCUCCUAACUAUAGUUAUAAACUUGAUGCCCCUUACAAAUGUGCUUUAAUUUUGUUUGUAUACGUUAUCUUGAAGCAGUGAGCAUUUGAGAUAAAUUAACAUUGUCCUGGUUUUGUUUCGUCAGACAUCAAGUAAUAAAGCAGUAAUAUCAAUGGGAAUGUUUUACUUAAUUAUGUCAUUGUAUUUUUAAUCUAUAUUGGUAUAAAUGAAUGUGUGAAAAGGUUUCUGUUGCAUAUAUUUGCAACUUUGUCAUUUUGAUUAACCUUUUGGUCCUGCUUAACCUAUAACUUCCAUGUGGGAUAAUGUUUUCUCAUUAGUGAGAUGUAAAUGUUAUACAUUAGGGACUAUUUACAUCUCUUUGAUCUAAUUAUACCUUCUGGACUUGGAUGUUUUGUCUGUAACCAGGUUUUGUAAAAGGUCAGGGAUGUCAAAGUGACAUCAAGAAGGAUUUACAUGAAAAUGUAAUUUAUGGUUAUGCAUUCACGUGUUUCUGCUGUUAGGGUUACUUAUGAAAGUAAAACAGUAUUACCACUUAAUAUUCAGCAUUUGACAUCAUCAUCAUCAUAAUUCUGUUUUAUUUUAUACAUGAAAAUGCCUUGCAUGUUACAAAUUUCCUUUAAUGACAUUUCAGGAAGCAGAGGGGACUUUGUCCAGAAAUCUGAAAAAUGCCAACCUCAUUUCAGGGCUGUGUUGCACAACAAUGUGGAACCCGAUCUUCCUGUCAUGUGGACUUUGCAUUUUCAUCAGACACUAAUAUGUGUGAUAUGAUGAGCUGUUGGACCACAUUUAAACAGAUUCAUGUGGUUUUCAAUUCAAGAGUUUUGGUAUAUUAGCCAUAGGAAUGAUUAUUAAAUGUUGUUAAUGAACUCCAAUGAACCUCAUUUAAUAACAAUGUGUAAAGAAAUCUUAUAACUGCUUUUUAAUAUAUAUAUUUGAUAACUGUAAUACUGCUACUAUAUAUAACCUGUUGCAUUUCUGCUUUUUCACCAGCUAGUAGGCUUGGAUUCUGACUUCCCAAACACAGCAUGCUUUAUUCAGUAUUAAAAAAGUUAGGUUUAUUAGCAGCAAUAAUAUUACUUAUGUAUUAAAAGUCCUAUUCACAAAUAUUUUUAUUUGCAAGUGAUUAUGCAUUAUCAUGGUUUGUGUGAACAUUAAAAAUUGCAAGUUAACGCCAUCCGUAUUUGCUUCACUUUGCAUGAACUUUAUUUUGUUUAUGCUGUUUUAUAACUUGUACAAAAUGCUAGCAAGCUAGUAGUUCUACAACUUAUUUAACACCUUGCAUAUUCCAUUUGUGCAUGAACUUGGUCUCUGCAUCAUCUCACAAAUAAAAACUGUAUGUAAUGUAUGGCCACAUUUUUUGUGUAACUCCAUAUUUAGGAAUGUGUAUUGAAGAAGGAUGAAGUAUGUUAAUAAUUACAGCAGGGGUUGUUGGGUUCAGUUCAUAGCAAUUUGUCAUAUCUUUGAACCUGAUUUCUUUCAAAUUUCAUGAUGAUGUUCGUUGUCUUGAAAAAGUUGCUUGUGACAAAUUCAUCCACUUAUGGUCUCCUUUAAACUUCAGGUUUCUGCCUGCUAUGGGAAGUGAAAUAAUUUGUUUUUUUUUACUUUGGAGCAUUCAUGAGGUAGAUUUUGAGCAAGUAAUUACUGUAGAACUUUAGUGGACAUUUAUGAUUAUUUGUGAAAUAGAAUAUUUAAUCUGUUGGAUCCAUAAUAAUAAGGUACUACAUAUACUAGCCAUCAUUGACCAUAUGUUUUGGCUUACUCAUAUGCCAGGUGGCCAUGUAUCACACUAACUAAAUCAUUAAUCGUGGAGUUUAAGUCCAGCUGGCAGCCCCUUAGUAUGCUGAUUUAAAUCCCCUGUUGUAUAUAGCCAUGGUUACCUUGUUUAAAGGUUGAUUUUGAAUUUUUAAAAAUUGGCCACAGCCCACAUAGUACCCCCAACACAAUGAAAAUAAAAGUUUAGGUCUUUUGAAACUAAAGUUUUUCUUAAGUUUUCUGCUUUGAUAAACUACUGUUAUCAAAUACAGACAUUAUCUUAUCAUGCAACAGUCCUUAAGAGAUUCUGAAUUUGUACAUUUGUUUGAAGGUUCUGCACUAACACAAAAUGACUACCACAUAAAAUGGUAAAAUGCUGCAAUCACUUUUUUCAAACAUCUUACAGAAACAAAAAAAUUGUGUUUUUUGAACAUAAGUUCUUUCAUUUAGUGUUUGUUCACAUUCUAGCCUUACAAAUGGCCAGUAAGAUAAUAAAAUCAAAAUGGUUAUAUUGUUAAUACAGGGUAAUUGUAAAUGUCCUUUCCUGGAGGUGAAGUGCAAUUGGGGCGUGAUGCUGACCACUCACCCCAAUCUAAUGCCGAGGUCAAGAAUGAGUAGUAGCUAUACCUCCUCUCCCCCCAAGCAACCUACAUGUCGUGUAGCAGGACUGCUUUACUUUUUAGUGGCUGCUAAUGCAAGCAGUGGAUCAUGCAUGUUUAAUACCUUAAAUUGUAUCUGACACCCUACAAAUUUCAUUAUCAUGCACAGUUUACAUUUGUUAAAGUGUGAAUUUCAUUUAUAAUAUCUGUCUCCAUAGAACAUUUUUUUCAGUUUGUGCCAUUUGUAUAACUACGUUGUUACCAAGAUUGAUCAUUUUCAGGUAGAAGUACUGGUAAGUAAAACUUCUAUGCAGAUCUUUCAGUGAAGUAAACCACAAACACAUGUAUGGACCAGAUUUCCUAGUUUAUACAAAAUUGUGGUUUAUUUGGAAUAUACUAUUGUAGGUGUUCAAUAUUAUAAAUGGAUCUUGUGAUAAAAAAAUAGUUUUAAAACAGUUAUUUAUGGUCGUUUUGAAAUGUCUGAUUAAUUUGUAUGCUGGAUCUUGCCACAUAACUUUCCAAAAAAAUGCUCAAUACAGUCUUAGUUAUGUUCGCUUUUACCAAUGUUUAGAAAAGAUUACAGCACAAAUGUUUCUUUAUUAUGUAUUCUAGUUUAAGAUAUGUAUCUGUUACAUUUCUGUAUUAGAAUCUUGCAUAUAAGGUGACUGCAUGCUGCAAGUUUUUACAAACAUUUUCAUGUUAAAUGAAUUUCAUUGAGUUCAUUAUUACAACAUUUACUGUGUAUUGUACGUAUAAAUUUGAAUUGAGCAUCACAUGCUAUGUAAGGAUGUGAAACUCACCAUGCACCAUUUAGGUAUACAUGAAUGUUCACAUUCACCUACUGAACAGAUGAUGGUUAAUCACUCAUAUUAAAACACAUUUGGAAGAGAA